GUGCUCUCCCUCUUAUGACGGGGUAGGUCUUCUAAACUCUCCUUGGGACUAUGUGCUGUCUCUCUGAGAGACAGCUUGGAUCUUCUGGGGCUUUUCUCCUGCUCAUGCUAACUGACAUUUCUCAGCGCCCAACCCAAGUUCAAAGGCUGAUGGGAGAGAAAAACCCAUGAAGAGGUUUGCUUGAGGGAAAUUUGCUCAGUGGAUGGGAUCUUGGCUCACAGGAAAAGAUGUUAGACCCUCUCUGGCUCCUUUUCAGCCUUGUGGCUGUGACCGCUGCUCAAAAUUCCACUGAAGAACGCGCUAAAGACUUUCUGGAAAAGUUUAACAAUGAAGCAGAAGAAAGAUAUCAUCAAAAUUCACUUGCUUCUUGGAAUUAUAACACUAAUAUUACUGAAGAGAAUGUCCAAAAGAUGAAUGAAGCAGGAGCUGUGUGGUCUGCAUUUUAUAAUAACCAAUCCAAACUUUCCAGACAAUAUCGACUAGAUGAAAUUUCAAAUCCCCAAAUCAAACUUCAACUUAAGUCUCUCCAGGAGGAAGGAGCUGCAGUGUUAUCAGCUCAGAAGAAUGCACGGCUGAACACAAUCAUGAAUAACAUGAGUGCUCUCUACAGCACUGCAACGGUCUGUAACCCAAAGGAUCCUCUGGAGUGUUUGUUGCUUGAGCCAGGUUUGGACAAAAUCAUGGAAGAGAGCAAAGAUUAUUAUGAAAGGCUAUGGGCCUGGGAAGGCUGGAGAUCUAAAGUUGGCAAAAAAAUGAGGCCAUUAUAUGAAGAAUACGUGGAACUCAAAAACGAACUUGCAAAAGGAAAUGGCUAUGAAGAUUAUGGGGAUUAUUGGAGAGCAGAUUAUGAAAUUGAAGGAUCCAGUGAAUCUGCCUACAGUAGUUCUCAACUUAUUGAAGAUGUGGAAAAUACCUUUCUCCAGAUAAAACCACUGUAUGAACAUCUACAUGCGUAUGUGAGGAGAAGGAUGAUGGCCACCUAUGGCCCUCUAAUCAGUGAAACCGGAGGUCUUCCUGCUCAUUUGCUUGGUGACAUGUGGGGCAGAUUUUGGACAAAUCUCUAUUCGCUGACAGUGCCCUAUUCAGAAAAACCAAACAUUGAUGUGACACAGACCAUGAAGGACCAGAAUUGGAAUGCAAAAAGGAUAUUUGAAGAAGCUGAGAAAUUUUUUGUAUCUGUUGGCCUCUUUAACAUGACGGAGGGUUUCUGGACAAACUCAAUGCUCACAGAGCCUAAUGAUGGCAGAAAAGUGGUUUGCCACCCUACAGCCUGGGAUCUGGGAAAAGGGGAUUUCAGGAUUAAGAUGUGCACAAAAGUGACGAUGGAUGAUUUUCUGACUGCCCAUCAUGAAAUGGGUCACAUCCAGUAUGACAUGGCAUAUGCUUCCCAGCCCUUUCUGCUGAGAAAUGGGGCCAAUGAAGGGUUCCAUGAAGCAGUUGGAGAGAUCAUGUCCCUCUCAGCAGCUACCCCUUCACAUUUACAAGCCCUUGGUCUCCUCCCCUCCACCUUUCAGGAGGAUCCUGAUACAGAAAUAAAUUUCCUGUUCAAGCAAGCCCUCACCAUUGUUGGAACAAUGCCCUUUACUUACAUGCUAGAGAAGUGGAGAUGGAUGGUCUUCAAGGGUGAAAUUCCCAAAGAGGAAUGGAUAAAAAAGUGGUGGGAGAUGAAGCGUGAGAUAGUUGGUGUGGUGGAGCCCCUGCCCCAUGAUGAAACCUACUGUGACCCUGCUACUCUGUUUCAUGUUGCUAAUGAUUAUUCCUUCAUCAGAUAUUAUACAAGGACUAUUUACCAGUUCCAGUUCCAUGAAGCGCUUUGUAGGAUUGCUCAGCCCUCAGCUGCUCUUCAUAAGUGCGACAUCACCAAUUCCACUGCAGCUGGGACGAAGUUGUAUGAUAUGUUGAAGCUGGGGAAAUCAGAACCGUGGACGGUAGCAUUAGAAAAUGUUGUAGGAAAUAAGAAGAUGGAUGCCACACCAUUGCUUACAUACUUUGAGCCCUUAUCAACAUGGUUGAAAGAACAAAACAAAAAUGCAUACGUGGGUUGGAAUACUGCCUGGAGUCCUUAUAAUACAUACAGCAUCAAAGUGAGGAUAAGUCUGAAAUCAGCACUCGGAGAUAAUGCAUAUGACUGGAAUCAAAAUGAAAUGUAUUUGUUCCAGUCCUCAAUUGCUUUUGCCAUGAGACAGUACUUUUUACAAGAAAAAAACCAGACGGUCCUUUUUAGUGAUGGAAAUGUGAUCGUGUAUAAUCUGAAACCCAGAAUUUCCUUCUAUUUCUUCGUCACUAUACCUCAAAAUGGCACCUAUGUUCUUCGAGAAGAAGUAGAAGAAGCCAUCAGGCUCUCUAGGAGCCGCAUCAAUGAUGCCUUCCGCCUGAAUGAUAACAGCCUGGAGUUUGUAGGCAUCCCUCCCACGAUGGCACCUCCUUUUAAACCACCUGUCACUGUAUGGCUGAUUGCAUUUGGAGUGGUUAUGGGAAUUGUGGUGAUUGGAAUUUUAUUCCUAAUCUAUACUGGAAUAAGAGACCGAAAGAAGAAAAGCAAAGGAGAAGAAGCAAAGCAAGCAGAGAACCCCUAUGCUGAAGUGCAUCCCAAAGGGGGGCAACAUAACCCAGGUUUCCAAAGCACUGAGGAUGCUCAAACAUCAUUUUAGAAAAAUCUUUGUGUUUUCUUACUCAUUUCAUUUCCUAUAAAUAUUAACAUCAUGUAGUGAACACGGAUGAGGAUCCUGUCAAUGACCUUGAAUGCUCAAAAUACAACUCCAGUCAGGAACUGCUUCCACUCCAACAAAAAGUUACAGGACCAAAUCUAUUGUGUUUCUAUUACUUACUGCUUUGUCAGAGCUAUGCAUCUCUUCAUUUUCCCCAAGAACAAAGAAAUAAAGAAACAAUGACUUCUUUGGGGCAAUGAGAGUAUUCAAAGAAAAAAUCUGAGUAUAUCAAGUUACUGUAUAAUUUGAGGUGGAAAAAGAGAUUUUGUGGCAGCGAAUGGUGACCUUUGAGUGUGAGACAUUGAUCUAUUGCUUGAAAUGAUUGUGUCCUCAGCAGGCUGAUGGUCCACUAACAAGUGAAAGCAACAGAACAAAAGACAGCAUCUUUAGACCAUUCUAAGAAUUAUAGCCUCUGGCUCAGAUAGACAUCCAAGUAUUGGGGCACAGCCCAAAAGGAUGGAGAUGAGAAGGCUUGAAGGAAUCAGAAUUAGGGUUAAUAGGGUGAGAGGCAGCUUGGUAUUAUCAUUUUUUUUUUUUGGUGGGACAAUGGGGGUUAAGUGACUUGCCCAGGGUCACACAGCUAGUAAGUGUUAAGUAUCUGAGGCCGGAUUUGAACUCAGGUCCUCCUGACUCCAGGGCUGGUGCUUUAUCCACCGAGCCACCUAGCCGCCCCACAGCUUGAUAUUAUCAACUAAUCAAUCAACAAGCAUUUUUUUAAUGCUUACCAUGUGCCAGACCCUAUACCAAGAACUGAAGAUUCAAGGAGAACCACAUGUUAGUCCUUGAUCUCACGGAGCUCACAUUCUAAAGGAUGAGACACAUGCAAAAUAAUUAUGUACAUAUAGGAUAUAAGCAUUUGUAUAUAGAUGGUACUCUCAGAGGGAAGGCACUCAGGAGGCAGGGGGAGAGGGGAGAAAGAGCAGGAAAGGCCUCUUGCAGAAGGUGGGAUUUGACGUGAGUCUCCAACAAAGCCAGAGAAUCUCAGAGGCAGAAGGGAGAAACCAGUGGAUCCAAAGUCAGAUUAUCUGAGUUUAAGUUCUGAUUCUGUUUACAUCUUGUGUGGCUUGGUCUCAGUUUCUCAUGACUGAAAUGAGGGGAUCGUAUGAGAUUAUUUCUAAUGUUCCUUAUUGCUUGAAAUCCUACAAUCUUCCCAGGGUAGUGACUUUCCUAUCAUGAAACUUUUCUGGUUUUCUAAGUUUGAUCAUUGGUAUUAUGAUAAAUAUUCUUAGGGGCUUCUAGGACCUUCUCUGUGAGCAGGAUUGAUUCUAUAGUAUCCUUUAUUAUUUUUUUAUUGUAUCAAUUUGAUCUCCUCAAAUAGGCCAUAAGCCAAUUGACAAGAACAAUGUUUUCUAUCCCUCCUCUCCCCAAUCUCCCCAGCAUAAGACUGAGCAUCCUUGAUUUGACUUGACACCCUCUCUCUGACAAUUAUAGGAAUCACAGGAUUCCCAUUCUCAAAGACCAAGCCAUGAGCCUACUAUUGAAUU